GCCUACUUACAAAAAUUCUCACUGAGAACCUUGGAACGCCUUGCGUGCUGACUACUGUGCCAUAUCGCCGCCCUUGGAUUAGACAUACCGCAUCUCGUCAGUCCAGUGGCACAUCCCUACAUUCAUCUGCCAUCGCGCUACUCCACUGCACGCCUAUCGUACACCCAUCCAACUGGAAAGCUUAUAUGGCGCCCAGCCAGCACCAUCUACCGCUCCAUCAUCGUCGGACGCCUUCCCAGCAGAGUCGGUCAUCUUCUCAUGAUGGUUCACUGCCAGACCAAUCCGCUUACCGGACUACUGUGAAUAGCCAUACGGAAGAUAUACAUCUAGCACCUCCACCUCUCUUCUUCAGCGGGGGCCGUAACAGGAAUAGGAAGCCUGCUGGCUUGCGAGAUCUUAUGCGUCGUAGAACGGAAGGAGAUUCGGAAGAGCAACAGGACGAACAACCAACGAGUGGCAAUUCAGCGUCACUACUAUCUCCCAACUACCAAACAGAAGCUCAACCCAUCCGUUCAGCGCCGCCAACUGUAACGACCUAUCAACAAGCUCAACGCUCACACUCGCAGCCACCAGGGUCGCGUGCAGUCUCGAAUCAAUACCCAUCUCCCAUUUCUUCUUUCGACAGACCAGACGGCGAGAUGUACGGCCAGGCCAGUCACGCUUCAGAGCCGUGGGCGAAUAAUUGGAGCAUUAGACCAGCCUCAACUUAUCCUCCCCCUCAUGCAUCACAACACUACGACGAGAGGCCACAUUCCUACUACGCGGGACAAUCACACUCGCAUUACCAACCCCAUGCCUCCUACACUCACCAGGAACCGUACCACACAUACCAGUCACAAUCACAACUACAGCCACAACUUGAGAUCUCUCCGCAGCCCUCACAAAUGCACCGUGAGAGCGUGGAUGAGGGUUUCGAUGACCCUACUGAAUCAGCAAUGUUCGCCGAAGCACUCUCUGGGUUCUCAGGCCCUAGCACACCGUUUACGCUACAAUCGCCGCAGUCACCUCCCGCACACACCGCAUACCUGUCCCACACAAGCCUCCUUCCCCCGGCAUCACGGCCGCCUCCUAUUCGCACGCAGACUGCCAACCUCCAGCAAACCACAUCCAACGUCUACCUCCAACCUUCAAGUAGCUACAGCUACUCAAGUAACGUUAGCUUCAACGACAACCGAAGCCCCAAUCACGCCAUGAACCUCGCCAUUCUCAGUAUAUCCGGCGACGAAGAAGACCGUCCACCCGACGAGGAACUACCAAACUACGCGCAGAGCCAGGCCGAAGAGGCGGCGAGAAGACGUUACGAAGCAGCGUCGCGAGCAGCGGAGUUGGAGCAACGGUGGGCUGCAGGGCGUCGGAGACAUUAGCAACAUGGAUGCACAGGCACUCGCACACUCGGACAUAAAGCGGUCACAGCGAUCUGCAUUUCUGCGCGUUAUCAAUCGUCAUAAUUACAUUUUUUACAAGAUACCCAUACGUGCGCUUUGCUAUUUUUUCUUGUUUCCGCUUUUGUAUGUGGAAUGUCUCAAAAGCAUAUCUCAUAUUAUUCUCUACAUAUUCUCAAUACCUCUCUCUUCCUGUGCAUCAUCCUACCUUUACGCAGCGUAUGCUCGUGACGCACCGGACUUUCACGCCGACCCCGAGGCU